AAGAGAUUUGUCAUCAUUGCAUAGCAUUAAGGAAAAUAAAGAGCCAUAGUUUCGCUUGCUUCUAUGUGUAUGGUUUGCUUAUAUAAACAACAAUCCCAUCUACUGAAGUUAUGCACCAUUCUCUUGUUCAGUUUUACUUGUGGCGGGUGCAGAAACAAAAUUGCAGGCGCAGCCACCAAUAUGGUCCCAAUGAGGAUGGUGUGGCAACUAGUCCUACUAGCUUUGGUAGCAGCAACAGCAAUUGCAUCUGCUGACAGAACAACAUACAUAGUUCACACUGAUGCUUCUAAAAUGGUUGAGCUAAAUAGUUUGAACAAGCAACCCCGAGAAUGGUAUGAAGCAAUUCUGAACUCUGUCAAAAAACCAGAAGCUCACGAUGAUGAAGAUGAAGAUGAAGAAUCAUUGGCUCCCGAGCUUCUUUACACCUACGAGACUACCAUGAAUGGUUUCGCUGCUAAACUAACUACCAAACAAUACCAAUCCUUAACUGAUAUUGACGGAGUACUUUUUGUAACUCCUGAUGAGAUGCUAAACCUCCACACCACAUAUUCAACCCAUUUUCUUGGCCUUGAAUUUGGCCGAGGUUUAUGGAAUGAAUCUAGUUUGGCAUCAGAUGUCAUAGUAGGUGUUCUUGACACUGGAAUUUGGCCUGAACAUAUCAGUUUUCAUGAUAGAGGAUUGCCUCAGGUUCCAGCAAGAUGGAAAGGCACUUGUGAAAAAGGCUCAAACUUUUCAGCUACUAACUGCAAUAAGAAGCUUAUAGGUGCUAGGGCCUUCCUUAAAGGAUAUGAGGCUAUUAAUGGCCAAAUCAACGGAACAAAGGACUUCCGGUCUCCCAGGGACUCCAACGGCCAUGGGACCCACACUGCAUCCACGGCAGCAGGAAAUAUGAUUCCCAAAGCUAGCCUCUAUGGAAUGGCCAACGGUAUUGCCAGUGGAAUGAGGUUUACAUCAAGAAUAGCAGCAUAUAAGGUCUGCUGGGACAGGGGCUGUGCUAGCUCUGACAUAUUAGCUGCCAUAGAACAAGCAGUAGCUGAUGGAGUUGAUGUUCUUUCUCUCUCCCUUGGUGGACUUCCAAGGCCUUAUUACCAGGACAGCAUGGCAAUAGCGGCUUUUGGAGCCAUGGAAAAGGGUGUUUUCUUCUCAUGUUCUGCAGGAAAUUCCGGCCCAAUCCCUUCAACUGUUGGCAACAUGGCACCAUGGAUGAUGACUGUUGCAGCUAGCUACACUGACCGAACCUUCCCUACUAAAGUUACGUUAAGUAAUGGAAAAACAUUUAAAGGUUCAUCUCUUUAUUCUGGUGCAAGGAAGACAAAUCAACUUCCUAUAGUGUACAAAGAAACAGCAGGAGGAAUCAGGGCCGAGUUCUGCAUCAACGGGUCCUUAUCUUCGACCCUUGUGAAAGGCAAGAUAGUCCUCUGUGACCGUGGUUUAAACGGAAGAACCGAGAAGGGAUUUGUUGUAAAAUCAGCAGGAGGAGCAGGGAUGAUACUUCUUAAUAGUCCUAUUCAAGGAGAAGAGCUUUUUGCUGACCCGCAUGUUCUGCCUGCCACAACUGUUGGAGCUUCAGCUGCUAAGUCCAUCAAAGGAUACUAUCUCCAAAACAAAAACUUAACAGCUACAAUUUCAUUUUACGGGACGAGAUAUGGAGCACGGGCCCCCGUGGUGGCGGCCUUCUCAUCCCGAGGCCCGAGCCUUGUGGACCCCUAUGUUGUCAAGCCUGACAUAACUACCCCUGGGGUGAAUAUUUUGGCUGCUUGGCCUCCAACUAUUUCACCAACUGAGCUGAAAAAUGAUAACAGAAGGGUGCAGUUCAAUAUAGUCUCAGGUACUUCAAUGUCUUGCCCUCACCUUAGUGGAAUAGCUGCAUUAGUAAAAUCAGUUCAUAAAGAUUGGUCACCAGCUGCUAUAAAAUCAGCCAUUAUGACCUCUGCUUAUACUCAUGACAACAAACAGCACCUCAUUUCUGAUGCAUAUGUAACCAAAAGUACCAAAUUCGCGACCCCUUUUUCAUUUGGGUCGGGUCAUGCCAACCCAGAAGGAGCUUCUGAUCCGGGCCUUGUAUACGACAUCAGUGGAGAAGACUACUUGCAUUAUCUAUGCAGUAUCAAUUACACUGAUGCUCAGGUUUCCAUUUUGGGAAGAAAGAAGUAUAGCUGCCCAAAAGUUAAGAAGGGACAACGCCUUCAGCCUGGUGACCUGAAUUAUCCUUCUUUCUCAGUUGUUUUCGAAGCUUUUAAAAAAGGAACAACUACAUAUACUUACAAGAGAACAGUGACUAAUGUAGGAACUCCUAAGAUUAGUUACAAGGUUUUUGUGGAAAAACCGAAAAAUGUGAAGAUUAGUGUUGAACCCCAGGUGUUGACCUUUAAGAAACUGGGUCAGAAGCUAAGUUACAAGGUGAGUUUUACAGGAUCAGGAGCAAAUAUUACAACCAGAUCAGGUAUUUCACUGUUUGGAUCAUUGGUUUGGGUGGGUGGACAUUAUAGUGUUAGAAGUCCUAUUGCAGUAACUUGGCAGUAAUCUCAAGAUUAUUUUCACUGAUUCCUCAAAAAUUAUGGGGAAACUAUAUUGUUUAUGCUGAACAUAAAACCUUCAGAUACUAAUUAAUGUAUUCAAAUUAUUUAUUUGGAGGGUAACUUUGUUCUUGUUUUAAGGCUGAUAGAGAUUAUUAGCUUAUUGAAAGCUAGCUACUGAUUUCAGAUUUGUGUCUAAUUUAAAAUUGUGAAAAUCUAUUGUAAGAGAAUUUUCUUCUUUGUGUUA